AUGCUAACAUAUACCCUCCCUGUAUUCGCUUCCAAGUCCAUGUCUCCCAAGUCGCCUAUUCCUGACUUUUAUUAUUUUUGUUUCGGGGCGUAUGAGCCCUUUCUUACCACUAUUGGUUUUAUCGGUGCACUCACUGACCCUUUGACUGCCCAUAAUUCCCAGGCACCGUGGACCUCUGAUCACCCCGCUUAUCAAGUCCUUCCGACCGCCACCCUCGUCACAAUCUUGCAGCUCGCUCAUGUCUGCGCUCUGCUCGGCUUUGUCAAUCUUUUUGUUCUCUCUGCCGUCCGCAAGAACCUCAGCAACAGCCCGGAUAUCCAAGAAAGGAUUGUCUUUUCCCUCCUCACCCCGCUCUUGAUGGGUGAUAUAUUCCACAUGUGGUUGACAUUUUGGGCAUUGGGCGAUCAGAAAUUCAACUUUCAAAGUUGGAGUCCGAUGCUGUGGACGACCGUCAUAUUGGGUUUCAGUUUGAUGAUCCCUCGUAUUUGUUGGCAUCUGGGCAUCGGUCGAUAUGUCCACUCCAGGGAUGGGGCUUUGCGCACAGAAUAUCCUCCUACCAAGGCGUCAUUCAAAAGUUGA